CUUGAACUCGAAGAAUUUCGAACUGAGCUUGCUACUUCUAUCCACUGCCCUCAUCUUCCACCGCGAGCAGACAAUGGUAGCCUCCAUCCCCCCAUUCUACAGGAUCCGGAAGGGUCGCAUCGAGAUCCUUCCGCUACCCGAAUUCUACACCGGAAUGCUCUCGCUGAAAGCACCUGCUCCAGCUACCGCGGGCUCCACUUCCAAAGCCGCGCAACUCGUCUCUGGGCAGCCUGCAGAAGUUGCCCGCGACGAAGACAUACUGAUGAUAGACGUCAUAGAUAGGGACUCUUCGAGCAAGACCAUCGCCCAAGAUCAUGUUGAGAAAGCUGAGGGCCGACAAAUUCAUAUCCUCACACCUCGCGCGAGAUCUAGACCAUCUCGAAACGGCUCGGCUAAGGGAUACGGUCAGCGGGCGGAUGAAUCUUUGGCCAAGCUACAGCGCAUGAGGGCCUGCUCGAAGGGAUUCGGCCAGCGCGCGGACGAGUCACUAGCGCACGAGCAACACGUUAGGAGAACCUACGCCUCACGACUGGCUAGGAAAUUCGCGCCGAAGAGGUCUCCGGUGCAGCAGAGUCGGGUGCGAGAUGAGGACUACAUACCUAUGAAGAAGCGCGUCUUCCCGCAGGCGGAGUUGCAAGAGCAGCAACCUGCUCCACCAACCGAGCAGCACCAACAACAGACUCAGGAUGAAGCUGGAGCAGUAGCUACGGCAGGAGUUGUACCACAGGCCCCCGUCCACCAGCCGGAAACCAAGGUGAACAAAUCCAUGGAGACGCUGGCUGAAUCUGGCGCUGCAACGGAUAACAACCUGAAGCUGCAGAACACCGAACAUCCAGACGACAAACAAGCUCCUCCAGCUAUCGGCAGGGAACUACCGCCUAUUGAAAAACCGACGUUGAAGAGGAAGGCGGAGGAGACUAAAUCAGAUCCCACCGCCAGCGACCAAGCCGCACAGGACACUACGAUCGCACCUGAAUCUAGACCAAAGAAGAGGGCCAAGACUGCCGCUCUCGUAACCAUCGCAGAGGAACAGCCCACUGCUCAGCCCAAGAGCACUGUCAAGUUACCUGCGAGUAUUAUUGCGACAACCAUUCAUCCUCUUCAAACUCCUGCAGCGGCGGGUGAUCCAAAGCCUAAGAAGAAGAUUAAAAACAUUGCACCAAUAUCCGCAAGGGAGAAGCCACCUACCGCUCAGCUCAUGAGUUCCGACCCGUCGAGAGACAUUCAGCCUCCUCAGACCACCACAAGCGUGCGCGAUCCAAAGCCCAGCAAGAAGCCCAAGGUGAAGAAUGCCGCACACUUAUCCCCGAUAGCUCCUCAACACACCUCACCGCUGCAGAACUCUCCAACCCCUCCAACCAGCUCACCCGCUCCUAAAAACCCACCAACACAGACCACUCCAGCCGCCGUACCCGAGCCUAAACCAAGCAAACCCACCGGCAGGAAGCCGAAGCCGCUCUCCUGGGACAACACCAUGGCGACCAAGACCCUCGUUAGCAAAUACAAAAAGGUAGACGUACUCCGGUUGCUGAAAGAUGAGGGCGUGGAUACUUCGGCCCUCGAAGGAAGGACGGCGGCUGUUGUUGCGGAAGCGUUUGUGAAACAGCGUGAUGCGAGGGCGGCUAUGCACAAGGCGAGGGCUGAAGCGCAAGAGUGCGCGUCGAAGAAGCGCGGUCGCGAAGAUAAUGCGGAUGGAGGUGGGGUUAAGAAGAUGAAGAGCGGUGGAGUGUAG